AUGCCGUACGCCAACCAGCCCACGGUGCGCAUCACCGAGCUGACGGACGAGAACGUCAAGUUCAUCAUCGAGAACACGGACCUGGCGGUGGCAAAUUCCAUUCGAAGAGUGUUCAUCGCAGAAGUGCCCAUCAUAGCCAUUGACUGGGUCCAGAUAGACGCCAACUCCUCCGUGCUCCACGAUGAAUUCAUCGCACACAGGCUGGGUCUCAUCCCGCUCACCAGCGAUGACAUUGUGGAUAAGAUGCAAUAUUCCAGAGACUGCACAUGUGAUGAGUUCUGUCCGGAGUGCUCUGUGGAGUUCACCCUUGACGUCCGGUGCAAUGAAGACCAGACUCGUCACGUCACAUCCCGCGAUCUCAUCUCCAACAACCCCCGGGUCAUACCGGUAACGUCUCGGAGCAGAGACAAUGACCCCAAUGACUAUGUGGAGCAGGACGACAUCCUCAUCGUGAAGCUGCGGAAGGGCCAGGAGCUGAGACUGCGAGCCUACGCCAAGAAGGGCUUUGGCAAGGAGCACGCCAAGUGGAACCCCACGGCAGGCGUAGCCUUCGAGUACGACCCGGACAACGCGCUGAGGCACACCGUGUACCCCAAACCGGAGGAGUGGCCCAAGAGUGAGUACUCGGAGAUUGAUGAGGAGGAUGCUCAGGCUCCCUAUGACCCCAACGGGAAGCCAGAGAGGUUUUAUUACAACGUGGAGUCCUGCGGUUCUCUGCGCCCGGAGACCAUCGUUCUUUCUGCGUUGUCCGGCCUGAAGAAGAAACUGAGCGACCUCCAGACCCAACUGAGCCACGAGAUUCAGAGCGACGUCCUCACCAUAAACUGAGGUGGCCCCUUGCAAGAGAGUGCUCGGGUGUGAGUGAUGCAGAACGUUCCUGCCUCUGCCCGGCAGCGCUCUGGGCCGAGGCUUUUGCCUCCCCAUCUCCCUCUGCCUUUCCUGGCCCAGCUGUGCUGGUUGGUGACACCUCUUCCCUGGCCCUCCUUCCCAGGGAAAGCCAUCGUGAUGUGUAGGGUAAAGCGGGAAGGGAAUCGGUGAGCAUCUUCGCUGGGACAGGCUUUGUCUCUAAGUGAUCCCAGAGUUUUAGGCCAGAGUUUUGGAUUCUGGCCACGUGGUGUUUGGAAUUGGGAAGCGUGUACCUCCGUUACACAACCCUACCUUAUUUGCAUGUCCGUUCCUUACUGUGCUGAAUAAAGCCUUACCCUUCC